GAAAAACCGGAAAUUACUGAAAAACAAAAGAAAAAACUUAACAUAGAAGAGAAAAAAGAGUUUGCCUAUAUAUAAAUUCAAAAAAGAUCUAAUAAGAGCUAUUAAAGACCAUCAGAUACUUAUAGUUGAAGGUGAAACUGAUUCUGGUAAAACUACACAAAUUCCCCAACAUUUACAUGAAGCCGGAUAUACGGAAAGUAAUAAAAUAAUUGGAUGCACUCAACUUAGAAAUGCAACUAACAUAGCAGCUACUCGAGUAGCCGAUGAGAUGUCGGUUAAACUUGGAAAUGAAGUUGGUUACAGUAUACGUAAUGAAGAUUGCACUUCAAAAUGUUCUAUAAUCAAAUACAUGACUGAUAGAACAUUGCAUAGAGAGCUUUUGUCUGAACCAGAUUUACAGUCUUAUAGUGUGAUGAUUGUAAAUGAAGCUCAUGAACGUACCCUUCAUACUGAUAUCUUAUUUGGUCUAGUAAAAGAUGUUAUAUGGUUCAGACCAGAUCUGAAAUUAUUAAUAUCUAGCUCCACUUUAGACGCCCAGAAGUUUUCUGAAUUUUUUUAUAACGCUCCCAUUUUUAGAAUACCUGGUAAAUAUUGCUUAAAUUUUAUAAUUUCUUCGUGUAAAUACUAAAUCUACUUUUGUAUGUCUGUUGUAGGAAGAUGUUUCCCUGUGGAUAUAUACUACACAAAAGCGCCUGAGGCAGACAUUAUAGAUGUUGCAUGUGGUAAUUCGUCAGUGUCUAUGUUUAUUCCAGUACCCAAAUCGACAAACCCAUACAUUUUUUUACCAUUAUAUUCUAUCUGAUCCCUUAUUGAUAUUUCAUCUAUUACAAUAUUGCAUAGAACAACUUCAUCUUUAGCUUUAGAUGCUAUA